AUCAUGUAAUAAAAUCUCCAAGCCCAUACAUACACCAUGCACAGAUAUUUUGUUAUCCAUGUUGUUAAAUAAAGAUUUGAAUGAAUCUCACAACAAAAAGCUCAAAAUGAAAUGAGCAUAACAUAACCAUUCCAACAUGUAAAGGCAUGCUGUAUUUUACUACAAAGUUUCAAUUUUCUCUAUUUGUUCUGCAACUGCAUAGUAGCAACAAUGGAGAGAGGGGCCAAUAACAACUCUUUGGCAGCAAUUCAUUUCUGUUACCAGUCCUCUUCUUGAUUUGAAAAAACGUAUCUACUUCCACUCUCCCUCUCUCCUCUAUAGUCUUAUAAUGAUAACACUUGAUUUUCAUGUUGAAUUAGAAGAGUGAUAGGUUGGAAAGAGUGGUUAGGAAGCUGAGGAGGUAUCAAGCACAGGAGUGUCUCAAGAGAGGGUCAGAGAGGUUGAUGAAUUCAAAGUCAAUGACUUUCCCAUAGAGCAACUAAGGUUGAUGAUCUUACUCAGCCAGCACUAACAUUCCGGACAUGGAUUCUGGGGUUGGCAUAAUGUGUAAACCAAUUCUUUGCCUACAGAACCAACCCUUUGAAAAUCUCAUGGCUGCAACUCUUUCCACCAAACAUUCUCUUUCAAGGAACAUGUGCUGAUCACCAUCUUUGCUACCUCUGGAUCUAGUGGUGUUUUUGCAAUUAACAUCAUCACAAUUGUUGUGGAGGAAUAAAAAAGAAAGACAAGGAAAAAUAAGAAAAAAGAAAAAUCGAAAAAAAAAAAAAGAUCAUCCAUAGAUCUAAAACUAAAAUAAUCUAACCGUGAAAAUUUACUUUCCCAGUGAGAAAGUUUGUUACUUUCCCACCGCAGAAUUCGGUCCCACAUUAAUCCAUCUUUCCCCUUUUCAUUACCUACUUUUCUUGCCACACUAAGCUGAUUAGCGGUGGUAAUUUUUUUCCCCAUUCAUUUCGUCACAAAUACUACGAAUUAAGUUGAAGAAUGAAGAUCUGCUGUCAAUUUUGAUCUUGCGGCGUGAUAAAGUAUUGAUAGAGAUAUAUGCUGGGGCUGGAGUAGUAUUUAUAAUAGUUAGUUAGUUGGUUAAGCACGUUGUUCAUGAAUACCAGAAUUUCGUCCAGGUUCAUGCAGCAAUCUCCAACUCCAUACACUAUUCACAGAUAUUUAUUAAUUAUUAUCCAUCUUAAAUAAAGAUUUGAAUUGUGUCUCACAACAAAGGGUUCGAAAUGAAAUGAGCAUAUCCUUUCCAAUCCAACAAGUACACGCUUGCUGUUUUGUACUAAAAAAGUUUCAAGUUUCUCUAUCUGUUCUGUAACUGCAAUCCUUACAUAGCAGCCAGCAAUGGAGAGAGGAGCCAAUAAUAAGAAAUUAUCACCUCUCUCUUCGGAGCAAUUCAUUUCUCUUACCACCCCGCUUGUUGAUUUGGAAAAGGAAGCUGAGGCAUCAAGCACAGGAGUGUCUCAAGAGAGGGUCAUAGAGGAUGCUGAGAAAGAUGAAUUUCAAGUUGAUGACUGUCCCAUAGAGCAAGUGAGGCUAACAGUUCCAAUCACUGAUGAUCCUACUCAGCCAGCACUGACAUUCCGGACAUGGGUUCUGGGGUUGGCAUCAUGUGUAUUUCUUGCCUUUGUAAACCAAUUCUUUGGCUACAGAACCAACCCUUUAAAAAUCUCUUCGGUCUCAGCGCAGAUUAUUACCCUCCCACUUGGGAAACUCAUGGCUGCAACUCUUUCCACUAAACCAAUCCGAGUGCCAUUCACAAAAUGGUCUUUUUCAUUGAAUCCGGGCCCAUUCUCUUUGAAGGAACAUGUGCUGAUCACCAUCUUUGCUACAUCUGGAUCUAGUGGUGUUUAUGCAAUUAGCAUCAUCACAAUUGUUAAGGCUUUCUAUCAUAGGAACAUCCAUCCAGUAGCGGCUUAUUUAUUAGCACUAUCAACCCAAAUGCUUGGGUAUGGAUGGGCUGGGAUUUUUAGAAGAUUUCUUGUUAACUCCCCUUAUAUGUGGUGGCCUGCAAACCUUGUGCAGGUGUCUCUAUUCAGGGCAUUUCAUGAAAAAGAAAAAAGGCCUAAAGGAGGAAACACUAGGCUCCAAUUCUUUUUUCUAGUUUUUGUAGUGAGCUUUGCCUAUUACACUAUACCAGGGUACUUAUUCCAAGCAAUAUCAACUAUCUCCUUUGUUUGCUUGAUUUGGAAAGAUUCUAUCACUGCUCAACAGAUUGGUUCAGGCAUGAAUGGCCUUGGCAUCGGCUCGUUUGGCCUCGAUUGGAACACCGUUGCAGGCUUUUUAGGCAGCCCUUUAGCUAUACCUGGCUUUGCCAUCAUCAACAUGUUGAUUGGAUUUGUGCUGGAUAUCUAUGUUUUGAUUCCCCUUGCUUAUUGGAGCAAUUUAUAUGAUGCUAAAAAGUUUCCCCUCAUUAGUUCUCACACAUUUGACUCAACAGGUGCAACAUAUAAUGUUAGUAGGAUUCUAAAUCCCAAAACUUUUGACAUUGAUUUGAAUAGUUAUAACAAUUACAGCAAGAUCUAUCUUAGUAUCACUUUUGCAUUUGAGUAUGGAUUUAGCUUUGCAACUCUGACUGCCACUAUUUCACACGUUGCCCUCUUCCAUGGAGAGAUGAUUCUUCAGAUGUGGAGGAAGACAACUAGAGCACUAAAAGAACAACUUGGAGAUGUCCAUACAAGAAUUAUGAAGAGAAACUAUGAACAAGUCCCUGAAUGGUGGUUUGUCACCAUUUUGAUUCUCAUGGUUGUUAUUGCCUUGGUUGCUUGUGAAGGCUUUGGCAAACAACUCCAACUUCCAUGGUGGGGAAUUUUACUUUCUUUAACAAUUGCAUUAGUCUUCACCUUGCCAAUUGGGGUUAUUCAAGCCACAACAAACAUACAGACAGGACUCAACGUGAUUGCGGAGUUGAUAAUUGGAUUCAUUUACCCAGGAAAGCCACUUGCUAACGUGGCCUUCAAGACUUAUGGACAUGUCAGCAUGGUACAGGCACUUGGGUUUCUUGGUGACUUCAAAUUAGGCCACUAUAUGAAAAUUCCUCCUAAAUCUAUGUUCAUAGUGCAGCUGGUAGGCACAGUUGUUGCUUCAUCUGUCUACUUUGCCACAGCUUGGUGGCUUCUCACAUCUAUUGAGAACAUUUGUGAUGAAGAAUUGUUGCCGAAGGGUAGUCCAUGGACAUGCCCUGGUGAUGAUGUGUUCUAUAAUGCUUCAAUAAUAUGGGGAGUAGUAGGACCAAAGAGAAUGUUUACCAAGGAUGGUGUUUAUCCAGGGAUGAAUUGGUUUUUCCUCAUUGGUCUACUUGCACCCCUUCCUGUGUGGUUGCUUUCUAAAAAAUUCCCCAACCACAAGUGGAUUCAACUCAUCAACUUUCCCAUCAUCAUUGCAGGUGCAUCCAAUAUCCCACCAUUCAGAUCUGUUAAUUAUAUUACAUGGGGAAUUGUUGGAAUCUUCUUUAAUUUCUAUGUUUAUAGAAAGUUCAAGGCAUGGUGGGCUAGGCAUACUUAUAUCCUUUCAGCUGCUUUAGAUGCCGGAGUUGCUUUCAUGGGUGUAGCCCUCUAUUUUGCUCUCCAAUCCAAUGGUAUUUUUGGUCCAACCUGGUGGGGUCUUGAUGCUGAUCACUGCCAUUUGGCCAAAUGCCCCACAGCUCCAGAUGUACAUGCCAAAGGAUGCCCUCUUCUCUGAUUUCCAUAUUUGCAUUCAUCUCCCAUAUUGCGAAGUGAAUAUGAUAUAUAUAUAUUUUUGGUUAGCCCCGGGUAUCUUUGGCCAAGAGCCAGAGACAAAUCUCUCAAGCUACGAAGUUCCAUUUAGGGGGUUAACCUCUCCCGAAGUCUCAAUAUAUACUCCUCUGUACACAUGUAAAUAUGAUAUUUGGCCAUUAAAUGUACCUGAAGUCUAAGUAUGCACUUUCUGUCUCUGCUGACUGUAAAGUCUAAUGGAAUAUUGAAUAAGAUAUACAGGUUGAGAGCAGAACAAGCAAGAUGUUUUAAACGAGCUAAGAAUCUGUUUUACUUUGAUUUCUUUGUAAUUAAGCUAUCACUAUCAGUAUAUCUUAUUUCCAUC